GACUCCACCUCCCACCCCGCAGGAAGGCAUGGCGAGCAUCGAGGCGAGGGAGUGUGAAACGGAAGGCUGCAGCAAAAACGCCAAACUCCAGUGUCCCACCUGUAUCAAGCUCGGGGUUCAAGGCUCCUACUUCUGCUCGCAGGAAUGUUUCAAGGGGAGUUGGGGGAAUCACAAGUUGCUGCACAAAAAAGCUAAGGAGGACAGGAGCCAGAAUGAACCGAAGAACUGUGUGGAGAAGGAAAUCAACACAGACCCAUGGCCUGGCUAUCGCUACACAGGAAAACUACGACCUCACUACCCACUGACUCCCAUGAAGCAUGUGCCCAGUGACAUCCAAAGACCUGACUAUGCUGAUCACCCACGAGGGAUGUCUGAGUCAGAGCAGUCUUUAAAGGGAACGUCACAGAUCAAGAUUCUGUCUCCUGAAGAAAUCGAAGGCAUGAGAGUGGUGUGCAAGCUGGCACGAGAAGUCUUGGACAUUGCUGCCAUGAUGGUGAAACCUGGUGUAACCACUGAGGAAAUUGACCAUGCUGUUCAUCUGGCUUGCACAACAAGAAAGUGUUAUCCUUCACCUCUUAACUACUACAACUUCCCUAAAUCAUGCUGCACAUCUGUCAAUGAAGUCAUUUGUCAUGGCAUCCCGGACAGAAGACUACUCCAGGAUGGGGAUAUCCUAAACGUUGACAUCACUGUCUACCACAACGGUUUUCACGGUGACCUCAACGAAACCUUCUUUGUUGGAGAAGUAGACGAGGUAGCCAAGAAGCUGGUAGAGACCACCUAUGAAUGCCUUAUGCAAGCAAUCGACUCUGUAAAGCCUGGGAUUCGCUACAGAGAACUAGGCAACAUCAUCCAGAAGCAUGCUCAAGCUAACGGCUUUUCUGUGGUGCGGAGCUACUGUGGCCACGGCAUCCACAGACUGUUCCACACUGCCCCAAAUGUGCCACACUAUGCCAAAAACAAAGCAGUUGGAGUCAUGAAGCCCGGCCAUGUUUUCACCAUUGAACCCAUGAUAUGUGAAGGUGGCUGGCAAGACGAGACAUGGCCUGACGGCUGGACAGCAGUGACCAGAGAUGGGAAGCGUUCAGCCCAGUUCGAACACACCCUUCUGGUCACAGACACAGGCUGUGAAAUCCUGACCCGUCGGCUGGAGGACAAUGGUCGUGCACACUUUAUCAGCCAAAUCUAGGCUGGGUUCGACGCACCAUGGACCGUGCCAGACACUCUGACCCCUUCCCUCUGAGUCAAGACAUAGCUACAGAUAUAUACAUACAUGCAUACACAUCUCGAACACACAAGCAAGGGGCGCCACCCUUCGUUCCAAGUUUACCUGUGGUUCUCACUGCUCUUACUUAAAUAUCGGUUCUACAGAUGUAAUGGAAGUGCUUGAUUGUGUCUGAUAACAGUGGAUUGUUUUAUUAGUGAAAAUGUAAAAAUAAGUAUUAUUGAAAUUGGUUUUGGCUCAGUCCCAGAGGUUUGACGUUGGUUAUGAUUUUGUGGGUAUAAAGAAGGUGGAAAAGAGAUAACAGGUGCAUGGACCUCAGACCCCUGAGACUAUGCCAAAUGAGCUCUUACUGACUGGCGAGAGGUGGCAGCGGUUUCCUGUACUGUCUUUGGACUGUGGAGCUCAGGACUAAUUCUACCAGCACACCUUGCUUUGCUUUUCUUCUCUCACCACUGUUUGAUAACUGAAAUGAAGAGAACCAGCUGUACCACUACACACCAUGAGGGCAUUCUGACCUCACCAGAUGACUUUCCUUUUCUUUACAUGAAGAAACCGCAUCAAACUAACCUUUAUUUCUGAAAGUGUAUCUUUUGGGUUGAAAACCAGAUAUCCGGAUGAUUAACACCAACAUCAAGUCAAGUGCUGGACUUGUUAAAAAAGUUAUGAGGAACACCCUCAAAAUGUCUAUAUUUCAAAUAAACCUGGUGUAGCGUAUUGAGCCUUAAUGUGUGGAUUUAGAAAAUUAAAUUUUGCCAGUUAUUUUGUGGCCUGA